GUAAACAUGCGAAUUGGGCAGCGGUUGAUGAAACGCUUGGGCGGUUCUCCCUCACGUCUCAUGGCCUCCCACCAUCUUCACACUGCUACUGCUAGUGCUUCCCAUAUCUGCAGAAAUUUCUUGGGAUUCGUUUUCACCUCCAAAUUUCCCGUUCCUUUUCGUUUCUCUACUUCUUCUUCGAGGAUUCAUUCUUUUCCCUCCUCCCUUCUGCUAUCCCCAAAGGGUUACUGCAGUUCAUCCGGAAGUAUAAAUUCUUCCAAUAUCAUAGAUACUAUUGCAACUUAUCAUGGUAGUUCUGCAUCUACUAGACGCCAGUCAAUGGUGCAAUUCCAAGAUUCAUUGUCGAACUCGCUUACGUUCAAAGAAGAUACUGGAAUUGAUAAUCCUGCAGAUGCUAGAGUCAUGCUCAUUGAUGGCACAUCAAUCAUUUUUAGAGCAUACUACAAGCUUUUGGCAAAGCUUCAUCAUGGCCAUUUAUCACAUGCGGAUGGAAAUGGAGAUUGGGUGCUAACUAUAUUUACUGCUUUGUCACUUAUUGUUGAUGUUCUGGAGUUUAUGCCUUCUCAUGUGGCGGUUGUGUUCGACCAUGAUGGAUACUCAUAUGGUCAUACUUAUAUUUCAUCCAAUGAAAAUUUCGUGUCAAAAGGAUCCACUUUUCGUCAUACAAUUUACCCUGCAUACAAGAGUAACAGGGCACCCGUACCUGAUACCAUAGUCCAAGGUCUCCAGUACUUGAAGGCAUCCAUAAAGUCCAUGUCCGUAAAGGUCAUUGAGGUACCUGGAGUGGAAGCCGAUGAUGUAAUUGGCACAUUGGCUUUGAGAAGUGUUGCGGUUGGGUGUAAGGUUCGUGUUGUCUCUCCUGACAAAGACUUCUUCCAGAUUCUAUCUCCUUCAUUACGUCUUUUACGGAUAGCUUCACGUGGAAUUGAGAUGGUUUCAUUUGGGUUAGAGGAUUUUGCAGACAAAUUUGGAGUUCUGGAACCUUCUCAGUUUGUUGAUGUGAUGUCUUUAGUUGGUGACAAGUCUGAUAAUAUUCCAGGAGUCGAUGGAAUUGGAAAUGUCAAUGCUGUGCAACUUAUCACUAGAUUCGGCACAUUAGAAAAUUUGUUGCAACAUGUUGAUCAAGUCGAAGAUGAACGUAUUAAGAAGAUGUUGGUAACAAAUGCUGAACAAGCUAUCUUGAGCAAGGACCUGGCAACCUUGCGAUCUGAUCUUCCAUUCUAUAUGGUACCAUUUACCACCAGAGACCUUUUAUUCAAGAAACCGGAGGAUAAUGGGGAGAAAUUCACAAGCCUCUUAACUGCUAUUGGUGCAUAUGCAGAAAGAUUCUCUGCUGAUCCAAUCAUUAGGAGAGUACUCUAUUUAUGGAAGAAGCUAGACAAAAAUUAGUUAUUGGUAAUCAAUUAAUCUAUGUCUCCACUUUGUUUCUUUUAAGUUUGGUUUUGUUGUGUGGUUGGAGAUAUCAGUAGAGCUUAGAAAUCACAUCAUUCUUUUUUUUGAAAAAAAUGAAUACCCCUCUCCCCUUUUUCUUAAUGUCCUUUUAACAAAGAAAAUGUGAAACACAAGAAGUUUCAGCUUAAUGAAAUAACUCAAAUGGGGUCUUCUCCCCUUGGAUUGCUUC